AUGCAAAAAAUUGUUCCCGUCAUGACGCGACAACUGUCACAGAGCGACGACCCAGGCGCAACCUGGUCGCAUUUUUUGGCUUUCAAGAGCUUCCGGCUCAACCAAUUGCAUCUAUUUUCACACUCACUUUUGGGCAAUUUUCUCUUUUUUCUUGAGGGGAGGCCUCAUAGGCUUACUGUUAUGCUGAAGGCUAAGUGUCACAAACAGCACAAGGAAGAAAAAGUGUAUCAGCAGAUGCUAUCCACUGAAAAACCUCCACCCGGUCCUUCUGAAACUCCACAGCUGAAAAGUAGCUGCAAAAAUUUUAUUACCAGUGAUGAUGAGAGGUCUUCUGAUAAUGGUAAUAAGGUAGAUCUGUUCGAAUCAGGCCUUGAAGACAUUAACCAAACAAUUCCUAAGUUCUCCAUAAGAGAUUAUGUUUUCAGUACACGGGCAAAAGAUAUCGAGACCCACUGGCCGUUUUCCUCGAAAAAUCUAGAACUUUGCCAUAAACACGGCGUGAAGGAUGUAUUGCCGCCUUUUGAAACUCUCGAAUCCGUGAGAAAAAAACCACCGGCCGUAAAAAAUGCCGAUCGCAACACAAAUCUUCCUUCUUCUGUGAAGUUCUCUGAGUUGAACGAUCAUCUUCAUUCCGUGGCAAAUAAAAAUGCAUGCAUAAAUCUAAUAGCUUCGGACACUAAUCGAACCAUCAAGUCAAAUUCACCUGCAAAGACGUGCAGAUUGAUCGUGAAAUUGGGAAACAACACUUUUGCUGAUCAAAAGUCGAACGAGGCCGAUUUGUUGGAAAUAACAACAAUGGGUUCGAAAGUUUGCCCGGUUUGCAAAACGUUCACAUCUUCUUCAAACACGACUCUGAAUGCUCAUAUCGAUCAGUGUUUGUCGGGAGAGUCGAGUACUAAAUGGGCGGCAAAUUCGAGAGUGGUGAAGCAUAGAAUAAAGCCCAGAAAGACUCGAUUGAUGGUUGAUAUCUACGAAACGGCUCUUUCUUGUACUUUGGAAGAUCUCGAUAGAAGGAAUGGGACUAACUGGGCUUCGAAUGGGGGGUUUUCACCGCAUGAUUCGGAGAGUAAUGUUGUUAAUAAUAAUAAUGCAUAUUUUUCGACUAAUGGUGAUGAGGAGAAGAAUGAAGAAGGUGGUGACGUGUACUUUGAUUCCAAUGGCACUAAGCUACGGAUUCUUUCGAGGUUUAGUGAUGUGAAAUCGAAUUAUACGAAUGAGGAAGAAGCUGAAUUUGGAACGAGGAAGCUCGUCCAGAGAGAUAAAGCAAGCGAAAUUGUUCCAAGCAAGAAAAAGAAGCAUCUUGUUCAGAGAUAUAAGCUUUUAAAACAUCCUCUUUUUGAAAAAAGACGAUGUUCUCCCAGGCUCGAACGUUGUCCAGAGGUUAACUACACCCAGAAAAAUGAGAAAGAAAUCCCAUCACAGCCUCUCGAUGCGCGUGGUCAUCAUAUGAAAAGAACUGGUCUUGAAAAGAAGAAAAUUCUAGCGUGCGAAAGCCAUCACCAUGUGAACAAAAUCGCAAAGAAACCGAGAAUGAGUAGUCACGGUCUACUUUCUGUAGAUGAGAAGCUCACCAAAAAAACUAAUGACUCGAGAUUCUCGAUUUCAUGCGAUGAUGAUAAUCCGGUUUCACAUACCAAUCAGACUCUCAAGAGUAAGGAAAUAAGCACGGCUUCGAAAUCGGUGGCUGAAUAUAUGCCUUGUCAGAUUAAUCGAGCGGGAUUUUUCUCAUUCGGCCCUCGGGACUUUCGAAAUGACGACAUGCACCUUAAGAGCAAUAAUUUCAAGCGGCUAAAAGAAAGCGAGCCUUCAUCUUUUAGUGACUCUGAAAACGAUCGUCUAGCUUUUUUCCGGAGGAACAAGAAACUGACGAGAAUAAAGUUGUCGCCUUUGAACAAGAAUCCAUCGUCUAUGAACCAUACUUCCCUUUCAGAAUCACGAAAGAAUUUGCGGAGAAAGAAAUUUAUGAUCUUCAAGAAGCCGAGGCUGCAUUUUACGUCCGAUUCGCAAAGAGAUUCUCGAAAUUUAUCGAUCAAUAAUCCAUCUGGGGUUUUGAAAACGCGUAAAGAAAAACGGGAAUUCUUGAACUUGAGUCAAGAGGACAUGGAUAUUAAUUCCUCUUUAACAGACACUACUACUCCAGCUUUCUCUCCUGAUGCUAUAGAGGCCGUUGAAAUUCGAGAUGAAUUUGUUCGUGAGCCAAUUUUGGAAGUACCGCCCAAUAUCAUAGCCUCAUUCGGUGAAGAAUCUUUGGUGCAUGAAGAACGCGAACAAGAAGUGUUGUGUUCGGACAAAUUUGACCAAGAAGGCAAUUAUUUUAUGGAUGUUGAUCCCAUACCUAUACCGGGCCCACCGGGCUCGUUCAUACCGAGUCCGGGCCGUAUGGGCUCAGAAGAACUUCAAGGAAGUUCCUCUUUGACUACUUUUAGAGUACAUUCUCCCGAACACGACAGGCCUCGAUCAAAUUCUCCGAGUUCCAUUCCUGUAGUCGAAAGGCCCUUUCUGUUCGAAAAUGAUUCUGCUGCGUUGGACAAGCCGAAAAUCGAUUGGCCGGGGGCAAAUUCGUCCUCCGUUUUUGGACUAUUCGCGUUUUCAUCCCGAUUUCACGGAGAAUCCAUCAAGGGUCAUGAUUUCGAGAUUAAUUCUAAUGAAGGGUCGAGAUCGUCUUUCGAGUUCCUUGAUCAUCAAUCGAGGCAAAUUAGGCCUGGAUUUGAAAAAAGUCCCCAUUUUGUCCCUCAAUCUACACGAACUCUCGAUUCUUGUUUCGAUAAACGCAACGAGAUCAUCAUUAAUGCCAAUCAUUUACCAGAAUCACGAUCAAGCUCGGUUUUCAAAACAACAACAUUUCAUGAGAGUUCAGAAGUUGGGGCAUUCGGGUGCCAAACUUGGGGUUAUCCGGUUCAUUUUGGUUCAUGGAAAACGACUGAAAGUGCAAAUAAUACUAUCCAAAUGCCUUCAUUCCAAGGGGCUAAUGGUAAUUCGGUUAACUUGAAUCUUUGCAUGCCGGGAAUAAUGCCAAGUGUGUUGGCGAAUAACCGAGAUUCUCUGUUAUCAUCAACAGGUCACGAACGAUCCUUCUUUGAACCUUUCUCAUGGAUUUUUGUUACCUGCAAACUUUGCUUGAUAAUAUUGCUGGUUUCGUGUAGUUUACAAAGUGGAAAAUAG